CGUUCGGCGCUAAUUUUCAAAUAGUCCUCUGAAGAGAAGGAAAAAGAAAAAAGUCUGGAGUCUCUGGAUACAUUUGUACAGCUUAAUAAUCAUCAGUUCGUCGCAGUUUCGUUAUGAGCGCAUUCAGUACACCGACCGCCCGGCAACGGCAGUGGUCCUCUCCGGCAGUGGGCCACAAAGCUGCUCUGUCCACCACAAGCACACCUCUGCUGGACAACAUCCAGGGAAACGACGAUGAGCAAGAGAGACGUCAAAGACGCAGGUCCAGAGUCAUCGACCUUCACGGAGUGAACGACUCCUCUAUUAAUGAGGCCGGUACCCACAGCUCUACGGGCACACCUGCUGCUGUACCUAAGCUGUCAUCAGCACAGAUUUCUGAACAUUAUUCAACCUGCAUCAAGCUUUCCACUGAAAAUAAAAUUACCACAAAGAAUGCAUUUGGUCUGCAUCUCAUCGAUUACAUGGCAGACAUUCUCAAGGAGAAAGACUCUGAGCUAAACUUCAAGGUUGCAGCAGGCACUCUGGAUGCCAGCACAAAAAUCUAUGCGGUGAGGGUGGAUGCGGUCCACGCUGAUGCUUACAGAGUUCUGGGAGGUUUGGGUUCAGAGACCAAACCAAAAGAGAGUCAGGAUGGUGAUGAUGAGGCUGAGGCAGCCGAGGGCCUUCAGGGAGAGCAGGUGGCUGCGAAACAGACAAAGAAAAGACCUCAGAAGAAGACAGUGGAGCAGAAUCUCAGUAAUAUCAAUCUCUCUGAAUCCGAGAUGAAGUGUGAGGUUGAUCCCAUGUUUCAGCGUAUGGCUGCUUCCUUUGAUGAGAACAGUACAGCAGGAGUCUUUCUCUCUGUGCUGUUCAGUGAGGACAGUUGCUGUGAGCUGCGCUUUCCUUCACAUAUGACCUUACUGAAGUCACAGCUUCCUCCUGUGCAGGUGUCCCAUCAGAAUGUUCCUGCAUCACCGUUUACAGGUCACUUAAAGACACUAGAAGACAGGCCAAUUUGUCCAUCCUUGGAGGAUUUCUCUUUUACUAGAUGGACUCCUGAGCAGACCACAAACCUCAACCAACAGCUUGAGAAGAUGAAGCAGGGAGAGCAUGCAUUCGAUGUCAAUGCAGAUAUUGAGCCAGAUGAGGAUGAUGCUCCAGACUUUGGGGAUAAUUUUGAUGCAGACUUGGAUGAGGGCAGACCGGGAGACUGUGAGGAGUUUAAGGAACACAAAGAAGCUUGUUCAAAGAGCCCACAGAAAGGACGGGGGGUUAUUCCUAUCGGUGAGGUGGAUAUCGCCACCAUGUGUCUGCAGCUGUCUGAUCAGCCCAGAGAGUACUCCUACUUCAGUCCUAGGACCAUGGCCACCUGGGUCGGACCUGGUUACUGGCUUUUCAAACCCGGACAUAAGCAGGAUCAAAAACAAGACAAAGAACCCCGGAAGCGAGCGCCAAAGAAUCCUCUCAUUAUUGACUUUAAAGCAGAUAUCAACUUUCAUAAUUACUUUAAGACAACUAGAGCAGCAACCACUAUUGGUAAAUCAGCAUUGAACACCAGCAAUAAGAAAACCACCCUUCCGGCAGACUUCCAGUAUCCACCCAGUAACCUGUCGCAGCUCAGCCUCAAACCCUCCAACACACUUAGUGCGGAAGGAAAGAAUAGGUUAUCUGGAGAGCUGAGUGAGGACAUAGGAGAGUACGACUACAACAAUGCCAACGAUACAGCUAACUUCUGUCCUGGUCUUCAGGAAGGGGACAGUGAGGAUGCUGAAGGCUUUGGAGGAUCCGAUGACUCCCAAACAGACAGACCAACACCAUCCUCUCUGGACACAGAUGACAUCUCUACAUAUGGAGAGGACUGUCUCGUCCCUGAGCCUCACAAGGUAAACAUAAUUGAGAUAAACUAUGCCAGGACAGCCAAGAAGAUGGACAUGAAGAAGCUAAAAACAACUAUGUGGGGUCUCCUGACAGAAAGCCCUGAAAAACCAGCCAAGCAGGUGGAGAGUGAAGAGACGGCAGAAGUACCUGGUGAAAAAUCGUUCAGCCAGUCUGUCAGGAAUCUUGUACAAAGGCUUCCCUCUGCUAUGGCUACUAAUCUGUCAGUACCCUUGGCCUUUGUGGCCCUUCUGCACUUGGCUAAUGAGAAAAACUUGGAGCUGCACAAAAUUGAUGGCAUGACUGAUAUCAUCAUUAAACAAGGCCGCUGAAAAUCUGACACAAAUCCUUAAUGCAAAAAUUAUCAUUUGUAUCAAAAUGUAAAUCCGGUCUCUUGUUCUCCAUGGCAUGUAAAAUACAAAUGUGAGGACAAAACAGUGUAGUCAAGAGGAGGAGGACGAGGAUGAUGAUGAUGGUGUCAGGAUCAUGUUAAUGUUGUACAGAGAAAUACCAAACCACAGACUUUUUUAUAUAUAUAAAAGUGAAACCGAAAGCACUCAACAGGGUGCAGCUGGAAUAAUGUUUGCUCUUAAGAUCAAGCAUUUUGAUCACUUUAGCAGCUUCAGUAAAAAGUACAAUAUUAAUGUACUGUUUUCAGUGUCACUGAUUUUUAAAGGCAUUAUUUAAAUUGUAAAACAUAAUUUCUUAACUCUGAGGUUUCUUUUAGAUGUAUAUUCUACAUGCCAUUUUCAGAAAUAAAACGUGUUG